GGUUCGUAGGUGCUGCUGCCCGUCUUGAUAUUGGCACUCGCCAGUUUCAGUUGGGCAUGCCGCGCGCCCGCACUCGUGAGGAGCUCAUCGCGAGGAUCAAGGAACGGAACGCAGUGAUCCGUUCGCUCCGUAAGCAGCUCAAGCGCAAGACAGACCAGCUCGCAAAGGCCAAGGCCAAGAUCAAGUCGAACCGUUUGUGCCGCAUCCCGAGUCCGAGGAUCUAUUCGAUUGACACUGUCAUUGACACGAUUGACAACAAUACUGUGAUCGUCGCCAGCCCCGAAGGGCACUGAUCUGCUCCAGUAGUCUCGCCACGGUCUCAGAGUCUCGCGGCCUUCGAGUUUAUAGUUUUUAGAGUUGUUUCUCAACUUACGUAGUGAGCGCCGUCGCCUGCCAGAGAGGGUAACUUCUCGUGUUCGCGAGGCUGCCAGGAUUUCGGCUAGGUUCCACAUGUCUUCCAGCAUGGAAAUGCAAGUCGGUGCCAUUCUUCUCUCACUCAGUCAUUCCCUCGAACGCC